UUCAAGAAUGUAAACAAAGUGUGAUUCGAAUUUCGAAAUCGGAUACAGUUUCAACUAGCGAAUGAAACAUGACACCUUGAAAACGUGUUCAGGUAUUUUUAUACACACACACUUUAUAUUAUUUGACAUUUGCAAAAUGGAUAGUUCUUUGAUCGCAGCUAUUGAUCAAGGCACAUCAAGCACCAGAAUAUUGGUAAGGAAAAACAUAAGCUUUUUAUAAUAGCUAGGCACUAGCAGUCAAUUUAGGUCAUUUCAAUAUAUAUAAAAGAGUGUUACAGACUAAGAGCCUAAGACAAACACAAUCGUUGGAAGAGCAUUGGGCUAGUGUUCCAAAGGUCGUAGGUUCGAAUCCCACCGUGGCCGGGCAUAUUUUUCAAGCUCGCCCGGUGUGGAUAUGCACUCAGAGUAACAUCGCAAACAUAUUAUUCACCUGAGUACACAACACCAACACAGAAAAAUACAAUCAAAUGUAUUGACUAUUGUAUUAAUAUUGAAAAAUGAUUUUUUUCUGUGUUGGUGUUAUGUACUCAGGUGAAUAUGAUGUUUGUGAGUGUAUACACACACCGGGCAAGCUUGAAAAAUAUGCCCGGCCACCGUGGGAAUCGAACCUACGACCUUCGGAACUGAGUCUACUUCCUUCAAUAUCAAUGCAAUCUAGUAAUCAUGAUUUUUUUCUGUGUUGGUGUUAUGUAAUCAGGUGAAUAUGAUGUUUGUGAUGUUACUCUGAGUGUAUAUCCACACCGGGCAAAAAAAUCAUGAUUACUAGAUUGCAUUGAUAUCGAAGGAACUAGACUCAGUUCCGAAAUAUCACAUACUCGACCUGACCGUGUAGCUCAGUUGGCAGAGCAUUGGGUUAGUAUUCCAAAGGUCAUAGGUUCGAUUCCCAUCGUGGCCAGGCAUAUUUUUCAAGCUUGCCCAGUGUGGAUAUACACUUAUAAGUAAUAGCAUAAAAAGAAGCGAAUUAGCUAUUAAAACGUCCCGCCCGAUGAGGGUCGUUUAGUAUAAUUCCCUUGGGCGCCGCUCGAUGAGGGUAAUUUAGUAAAAUUCCCGAGGGCCGAUAUUCCCGUUGUUCUCGCAGGGCCAUUAAAAACCAAUUAAAAAUAAAUAAUGGUAUAAAUUAAAUGGUACAAUUGUUUUUCCUGUCUUUGUUUAGUUUUGGCGAUUUCAGAUAUCUUCAUGUAUAUUCAUUUUUUCUAAUCGUACUCGCUUUGACGUCGUUUCGGGUAGGAUUAGAACUAAUUCUACCUGACAUGACGUAAAAGCGGGUAGGAUUAGAAAAAAUGAAUAUAAUGAGGUGUAUUAGUUUUGCCCUGCGAGAACAAAGGGAAUACCCGCAAUCAUGAUAUUAUCAGAGUAACAUCACAAACAUAAUAUUGAAAAGCUUUAAUUUCCUGCAGUAUAUAAAUUUUCAUGUAAUAUAUAUUCACACAGUAUUAUAUACCAUAGGGUUACAAUUAUUUAUGAAUUAUCACUUAUUUACUGAGACCAAGGGAAACAGUGUGUUUUGUGGACUGAAGACCACCGUUGUUGCCUGAGGCGAACAAGUAAAUAAGUGUUUUGUUAUAUAGUAUAUAAGUGUCAAAGUAUGAAUAAUUCACCGGUUAUUGGCUCAGUGAACUUUGAAACCAAAACUAGAUAUAAUAUGGAACACCGUAAAUGGUUAAUAAAAAAAGUUUAAUAAAAUGAACUUUGGAACUUCACAGUUGGCGCGCAUGCACACUGCACCCAUUCUAUUAUUGACUGGUCAAUAAUUGUUUCAUUGUGUACCGUUGCCCCCUCACCAAAGCAUGCAGUGAACAUGACGUUUUGUGGACUGGCACAUGAUACGGUUUUGACCAAUCGGACUUGUUUGAUACUAACUUUGAUACUAACUAUAUAACAAAUUAAUAUGUCUUAUUACACCAAAUGCUCUUGUCAACAAUUUGUAUCGUGUUGUAUCGCCAACAUAUUUUCUACAGCCAAUCAAAUGUUUCAGUAAUUGUGUCUAAGAACCAGAUUGGCUGUUUAAAAUUAGAAUUGUAACCAUGCACAAAAAAAUAGAUGUGGUUGUGAACAUGAAAAUAAAUUUUUGAUGACAUUGGUGAUCCAUAGUAAACUCUACUUGGUGGCAUCCUUAGUAAACUCUAUUUAGUGAUGCCAACAUUUAUUAGAAUCUUGCCAAUAUUUGAAAAAGAAUUGGGGGGACUAAGGGACCCCACCCUUAAUCAAACGUAGAUUUUCAGGUCCCCCCUUGCCUUAACAAUAAUUUUUAAGCCCCCCCCCCCCCUAUAACUACUGUAUAUAGCAUGCACUUUACAAAAGACAAAAAAGGAAUGUACCAUGUUGUUCACAGUGAAUGAGUAACACAUGUACUAUUGCAAUUUAUAUAUGCUACAAUGUACAAUUCACACUAUAUUAAAUGUACAUCUUUGUUUUUUAUUCCUUUUGUGUGCAACUAUAAACUUUGUACGGCAGGGACAGAGAGCAGAAAAGAAAGUUAGUUAUUAUGUAUUAAUAUUAUUUAUUUAAAAAAUUCCUGGUUUCUGAUUGGCUUAAAAACAGCCAACUGUGAAAUUUUCAUAUCAACUCAAUGGCUAACCAAAUAUGGAUUUUUCACAUUCAUAAUAGCAAAAGGACGUCAAAGAGUCAAUAUGAAAAAAAUUUGGACGUGUUUGCGCCAUAUUACUAUGACAACGAGAAUCAUAUUGACUUGCUGACACCAUUGAUAUGACAACGACGACGGCUGCCAAAGGACUAAGGAAUUGUUUUUUUUCUUAAUACAACUAAAAUACAAAUGGUUUCCGAGUGUUUUAAAUUUUUUAAAUAAAUAAUAAAACAAUUACUGAAUUCGGUUUUCGCACGAUAUGAAGAAUUAUCAUUAAAAAAAUGCCCUCCUCAUUCAAUAAUUUUUAAAUAUUAAAACACCAACAGCAAUCUUUUAUCAGAUUUAUAACACGGGCGAUACCCAAGUGUUUUAAGGUUACAGGACACCCUUUUUGGCGUUUUGCGGAUAAUCAUAUAGAGGGCAAAAUUACUCAAAUAUGAUUGGCUAAUGAGGAGGGCAUUUUUUCUUAAUUCAGGGCAAAAUUACUUGUACCUGAUUGGCUGAGAUGCAAGCACGGGAAGUUUCUUGUUUUAAAUAGCAAUAAAAACAAUGGCUUUUUGGUUUGUCAUCGCGGAUAAUGAUGUUAUUGAAGAAUUAAAAACUUCUAGUGAAAACUUGAACACUAGAAAAAGUACAAAUUUAUUGCCAUUACUGGUUGGAGUAUUUAAGAAAUGGGCAGGCAGGGCAGCAUUAAGGAACAUCGGCGAAGACAUAUGAAGACAUACGAGGUUCAAGAACUUGACAAGUUCACAAUUAACUUACUGUACGAAUAAAGUUUACCCUCUAUGAUUAACAAGUAAUCGCAUAGUUCCUCGUAAAAUUAAGGUUUAAUUUCACUUGUGUGUUUCAAAGUUUCACAAAUUUGUGAAACUUUGAAAAAACGCAUGAAAUUAAACCUUAAUUUUACUCGGCCCCAUGCGAUUACCUACACAAAUCGCUACUGUGCGCUCAAUAUCAAUCCGAUUUUCAUCAGAUUUUCACAUGAAACUUCAAAAAAUAUAUAAAAUUUUCAUGUUGUUUUUCACACAAAAUUCUGGUUGUGAAAUUUCUAGGUACAGCUAAGUGCAUAUCAGACAGCAAAAGACGAUUUCCUUCCUUUUCAAUAUUAAAGAGAUUACAGUAUACGUCAUGUACAUGUACAUGUAUGUGACUGCAUGCAAUUUCUGUAGUCUGGAAGUAGUUGGAACUCAAGAUUGUAGUGCAAACCUCAAAAGCUUAUAAUUAUUCAACACUAAUUCCAGCAAAAACAGAUGUUAGAAAAUUUUGACGGUAGUAUAAUGAAUUUUUAUUCAAUUAUUUUAAUCUCUUUUCUUCUGUAAUUCCCAUUAGGCAUUACAACUACAGUAUCAACUGCAUGGGCCUCCUAUGCAUACACAAGCUCAACCUUGCACCUUGCACCGAAGUCUAUGUCUAUGGUUUUGGCGCGGACACACAUUGUUCAAAAAUAUGUUAAAAAACCCCAAAUAUAUACAAAAUCUUUUUAACCCAUUCAGUGGCGGCACUCUCCCCUUGACAAGUAACAUUUCUGUUAUGGAGGGCUUAUCAGAGGGCAUUGUCACUUAAUUCUUAAAGGAUUAAUAGGGAGUUUAAGAUACACCAAAUCUACGACGCGCGGACAUGACGAAAAACGGCUGCUAUUAUCACAGUUUCGCAUCACGGUUAAAAACUAUGUUGGUGUUGUUGGUAAACACAGCCAAGGGCAAGGGACACGAGAAAAACAAAGUAAAAGUAGUCUUCCAUUAUUAGCGACUGUUUUUUAGUUUUUUCCAUAUAAUCACCUGUGAAAUUAUACUAAAACAAUUAUUCACCUCAGGCUCGGUGAUUAUCGUGAAUAAAAACCUCGACUUCGUCUCGGUUUUUAUUCACCGAUAAUCACCUCGCCUUCGGCGAAUAAUUGUUAAUUAAACAAAAUUGAUAGAUCCAAUUAAAUAUAUGAUGCUUGUGAUGUUACUCUGAGUGUAUAUCCACACCAGACAAGCUUGAAAAAUAUGCCUGACCACGGUGGGAAUCGAACCUACGAAGGUCGUAGGUUCGAUUCCCACCGUGGUCACGCAUAUUCUUCAAGCUUGCCCGGUGUGGAUAUACACUCAGAGUAACAUCACAAGCAUCAUAUUCACCUGAGUACAUUACACCAACACAGAAAAAAUCAUAAUUAAAUAUAUGUUUAUACAUUUUGGUGCUUUUCAUACUUUUUGUGUUUUGUUUCGAUUAUCCUAAUCCUGCAUCAUCCCAGCGCAAACGGCACAAUGUCAAUAACUGAAAAUUUCUUGCCAAAUUACACUGUAGCAAAACUUUUGUAUUGACAUUUACUUCAAUUCCCAGCACUGCCAACUGUGUAUUUUACUUUGAUUGAUUUUAUUAUCUGUGGUUUUAGAUAUUUUCUGCUGCAACUGGAAAAGUUGUUACAUUUCAUCAAAUUGAACUUAAAAGUCAUUAUCCACAUGAAGGGUAUAUUGAAGAAAUUCACUGUUUUAAUAUGCUAUUAUAGCUAAUAUAUAGCUGUUGCAUGUAUAUAGGUUAACAUUCAGGCACUAGAUGUGUAUACAGUAUAUCAAUUAGAAUUUGCCUAUAGUGCCUAGUCAAGUGGCUGUCAAUUAUGUACUGACAAGAUUUGUUGAAAUAAGUAUGAAAAUGAUGUUUCAAAUUGAAGUUGAAAAGUUGAAAAUUCUUUUCAUUCUUACCAAUUUGCCAAUUCGUCAAGGUGAGUCAGGUGACCAACUUGUGCUACACCGUUAGUAUUGUAGGCAUUACUGCAUGUUUAACAGUAAAAUCCAUCAGUUCUAUAAAAUUGAUUCUGUAGUGCAAUCCUUUAUAAAUCUUUCAGAUGGGUUGAGCAAGAUCCUUGUGAAAUUUUAUCCACAGUUAAAGAAUGUAUGGAAAAAGUAACUGAGAAAUUAAAAAAUAUUAAUAUUGACCCGAAAAAUAUUAAAGGUGAGUACUCUGAAGCCCUGGUCAAACGAGGAUGAGAGUUGAUGAGAGUUAGCAGUCACGCAUGCAUUGUUACAAAGAAGGGCAUUCCAAGCUCUAUAUAGACUAUUAAUAAACGUUUGGUGAGUAUUUCAACUAUGUUUUAACUUAAAUAGAAUACAUGAUAGUGUUAGCAAAGCAUUAAGAUUUGAGAACAACUAAAGACAAAGUCGCGUGACUGCUACAGUAACUCUCAUUCACUCUCAUCCUCGUUUGAUCUGGGCUUGCCUUAAUUAAAGAUUUGGUAAAAUGUAGGUUUUAGUUCUACACAGAUCUGCAUCCACUAUACUCGAAUCUUGUGUCUUCUCUGCCACUGACACUGUAGUUUAGUUAUGCAUGACCACUCAUUAGGUUUACAUAGCUGUCAGUUGUUGGGAUCCGCGGUAACCCUGUUGCCUGCCAAAGAUUGUCGUCGGUGAGUUGUGUGCUUGAUCUACUCAGUACAACUCAAAUUGUAAGCAAGUUGCAUGCGACAGUUUUAGGCAAAAGAUGUGUAGUGCAAAUCGGGCAUUACUCAAUGUAUUUAACAAUUUAUUAAAACAUACGUGCAGAUUUAACAAAUAUAAAACAUUUUCCGUCUUGAUAUAUACAGUUCUAUCCGCACUCGUGGAAAUUGGGAAAACGAGAAAUUGUGUGGAAACACGACGCCCGAAAUAUAACUAUAUCAAUACGGAAAAAUGUUUUAUAUUUUUUUAUAUAUAGCACGAACACAUAUAAAGAAAGAAAUUUUCCGUGUUGACAUUGAGUUACAGUAUAUCAACACGGCUCUUGGCCAAUCAGUGUUCAGAAAUUACAAAUGCUGUAUUAUAAAUAUUAUUACAUGCAUGCGCUACACGGCCUGAUGAAAAGCAAUUUAUUUUGUAAAUAUUCCUAUAUAGUCGAUUAGUUACCAUGUCAAAAGAUGUUGAAUAAUAAUGAUAAUUAAUAGUAAUAAUUAUAAUAACAAUAAAAAAUAAUAAUAAAUAAUAAUUAUAAUAAUAAUUAUCAUAGUAAUGAUAUCAUGCAUGGAGUGGAGUCCUCUAUUUGCCAAUGUCGUUAAAUGGCACUAAUUUGGCAGAGUUUUACCCAAUUAUUUUUUACAACAGCUGUGGGAAUAACAAAUCAGAGGGAGACAACGGUUACUUGGGACAAACAGACUGGAGCGCCGUUGCAUAAUGCUAUAGGUACUGUCUGUGACAUUAUUCUUUUCAGUUCAUUGUUUAAAUGACAGAAAUGGUGCCCUAAUUAAUCUUACUUGUGCGAUGUUUUAGUUUGGCUUGAUGCGAGGACGAAAUCGACCGUUGACAAUUUCAAAGCCAAAGUGCAAGAAAGUGAACUGGAAGAAAUUAGGGUAAGAUUGCAGAGUCUGUACAUUCUCUUUGUUCACGCGUAAUUGAUCUGAUCAAGUGCAACAGAAAGGGGUCGAGUUGGAUUGCAAAUUGUAACACGUUUAGGGUAAACAACUAUUCUCUGGAAUUGUUCUCAUCAUCUUCCACAUUUACUUGAUUUGUCUUUGUUCUGGAUUUUAAGAAAGUGUGAGCAUUUUCUGAUCGUAUAGAAUGAAGAUCAUAUUUCAUAGUCAAUGCAUCUUAUAGGGCCUAGUUUUCGUGUAUCUGACAUCAGUUAAAGCCCACGUCUUAAUCAUGAAAACGAGGCUCUAUAGCCAAGAUGCGUACUUCCUGGAAGGGUGUGUUGGUGCCUUUCUUCUGAAUCACAGAACUGUACAAUUUCUGAUUUAUUGUAGUUUAGAUGGAAGUAGCUGCCAUUUAUGUCCACCUUUUUUCGCCAUGUUACAUCUAGUUACCUAUGUUAAACCUAGUUAACCGUUUGAUUGCAGAAAUUAUGUGGUCUUCCAUUAAGCACGUAUUUUAGUGCAGUGAAGAUAAGAUGGUUACUUGAUAAUAUUGAUGCAGUAAAGAAUGCAGUAGAACAAGACCGCUUGAUGGUUGGAACUGUGGAUACCUGGCUUAUUUAUGUUAGUAUAUUCUCUUUGAGCACGUUUGAUUCACAUGCAAAUUUUCAUUAAUUACUGUACUUCCCCUAGAUCUGCUCCAUGUCUGAGUUAUAAUGGGCGCGCGAAAAUGCGAGUGACUUUAAAUUCUUAUUCAAAUAAACACCGGCCUUCGAGAGGCAGACGGGAUUAAUAAAAUACCGCUAUCAGUAUUACUAACUAUAAGUAGUGGCUAGGCAACGAGGGGCUAGGUGAAUAUGUUGGGGAGGAAGACUGAGAUGAAAAUGUUCUAUAGUAGCUGCCUACAUUAACAACCUUUCAAUUCUUGCCAUUGAUCACUUGAAAAAUGCUAGAAAGUUAGAAACAGCGUUCUAAGCCGCGCAAUUUUUCGAUCGAGGGAUGCAAACAAACCUAAUAUUUAUGGACUGUUUAUGCUGUUCUCGCAGCUGUAAAGCCUGGUUCACACUGGUAAUUAAUCGGCGAUCUAUUGUAUUCUUUUCCGACAGACAAAACAUUUUACACACCAAUGAUCACAGAAAAAUUGAUGAAAAUUAAAAAAUUGAUAAAUUUCCAUGAUCAUGGAAAUCCCCGAUUCUUACGACCAGUGUGAACCAGGCUUAACUCUAAGCUACUUCAUGAGUAAUAUGUUAUGAUACAAUAAAUGUAUGCGGGCUAGUAGUUUUAUUACUAUGAUUAUGAUUGGUGAUCAAAACGUUAGAUACAUAAUAUGCUUUCAUGUUUUGGGUUGGGAGUAGUUACGAUCCAGUGAGUCCAUAUUUUGACUUUUUUAAAAAAAAUGCCACUAGUAUGAUUCUGCUAUCUUGUGUUCACACUCAUUGCUUGCAAAUGACCUGCAUGUGUUCAGUCGAUUCGUAUAAGAAAAGAUGAACCCAGGGUUUUUCGAUGAAGCGCUGCAAGGUUGUCAGUAUAGAUGUACUGUAUUUUAUGAAGUUUUUGUUGUGUUUCCAGAAUUUGACAGGAGGUACAAAUGGUGGGAUCUACGUCACUGAUGUCACGAAUGCCAGCAGAACAAUGUUGAUGAAUAUUAAGACGACAUGUUGGGACGAAACAUUGUGCAAGUAAAAAAAAAAUGGUUAUACAAUGUUGAUUAAUAUAUACAUUUAUGAAAUUUCAAUUUUUCCUACAUAAAUUUCAAAAGCUCCUGAUAUUUCCCUUGAGUUUCAGGAAGUAUUAUAAGUCACCAUGAUAUGAGUGGUGAAGCUAUCCAUAGCUGCACUAUGUGCGAACAUUGAAUUGAAAUAGAUUGUUUUUGGACUUUCUAAGUCUAAGUUGACAUGAGCAGUUGCCAGCUCGCCACUUCAUGAUACCUACUACCUGUCGUUUUAGAUUUUUUGACAUCCCGAUAAAAGUACUACCAACCAUCAAAAGUUCAUCUGAGAUUUAUGCACAUAUUGUAAGUAUCUGCACACGUACAUUUACUCAGCUAAUUUAUACAUUAUGGCUAUAUAGAUUGCUAUUUUAUUUAUAAUUACUUAUUUUAGAAAACCUUAAAUUGACAUUGGUCAGCAUGUUUAAAUGGUAUUUUAUUUACAUAUACAGUACCUACCUAUACGUAUUUUAGAGAUCAGUUAAACUUACACAAAAUUAUAAUAAUAUAACUUCCUCAUGGUCAGUAAAUUUAUAUUUAAGACUGACGGUGCUUUUCAAGGAAUACCUUUAUCUGGGGUAAGUAAUUAAUCCACGCUAUUUUAUAAGUUAUAGCAAAGGUAGUAGAGAGUUACAGAUUGACAUUUACAGAACAAACUUCAAAUCGUAUUUUGAGGUCAACUGCUAUAGCUUGAAGUUAGGACAAAUUGUGCAUUAAAGUUAAAGCAUGAAUUAGCUACCUAGCUGAGUUGAAACUUGUAGAACAUACCUUCAAAUGCGAUUUGACGUUUACCGUUUGUGGUUAGCGCUCUAAUAAUAUACAUAAAGAUAUUACUCGACUGUGAUUGGUUGAUUUCAGUGCAGUUAAUCCCAAACAGCAGUGCAAUUUUCUGUAUUUUUAAAUGGAAAAGCAUUUACCUUAAACAAGAAUGACAAAAAUUACAUAGUUGAGUGGAAUUUUCAAGCUGUUAGCGUUGUAUAAUGUGAUAUAACAAAGCCAGGAAAACUUUGCCAGUGGAAUGUUCGCUAUAAACGCGUAAGUUAAAACUACAAUUGUCUCGAACAUUUUUAUGUAAAUUAUUAAUAAGUAAUAGCAUGGUUUCUCGUGAAAUUUGGAUAAACAUGCACUCGUGAGUUUUUCAAAGACCUCAAAUAGUACUCGGACUCAUGCUAUUUUGACGUCUUUGAAAAAAUCACUCGUGCAUGUUUAUAUCCAAAUUGCACUCGAAACCAUGCUAUUACCUAUACUAACUAUAGCUAGUUAACGACGUAAAAAACGUCAAUUUGUAACUUUCUCUCUCUAAUCUGCAGUGCAUCAACAUUUUUACAGUAUAUGUAUCUUAAUGUUUUGAUUGUAUUUACAGUGUCUUGGUGAUCAACAAGCUGCUCUUGUAGGACAAUCGUGCUUUGAAAAAGGACAAGCGAAAAAUACGUUAGUAUUCAAUUUCGCACAAUAUGCUACUCGUAUGUUCGAAACGUCGAGAAGUACUGAUUUGGAAGUUGUAAUUCGACAUUUCAAGCGAUGGCACUUUGUCAGAUAGUUUGCCAAUUAACUAGAGUUUUCUAUCGGAUGGCCUUUUAAUCAGGAUUUACAGGGUAUAUAACACCAGCCCCCUACCCAGCACCCUACUUCCCCAAACAUCCUCGCGCAAAGCUCGCGCACGUUCAGUUCGAAUCUGCAAUUAAGCACCUGGGACGAGACUGAUUUAGUACACUGUAUCUUUACAGUACUUUUCUCGGUUUGCCAUCCAUGGAAAUUGACCUCAUAAGAUUUUGUUUGGUUGCUAAAUUGGUCCCUCCGCCCCCGUCAGGAUGACGUAAUAGUGAACUUUUGUUUUAUCAUUAGUCAUUACAGUCAAAAAGGAAUAAAACAUGUGCGACAAAAACUUAGUUAAAAUUAGAGAUGAGCCGAUCAUCGGCAAAACGAUAAUCGGCCGAUUAACGGCCUCUUUUCCACUUUUCGCCAUCGGCCGAUUGUCUUCCACUAUCGAUUUAGUCAGCAGUCGAUUGUCUUUCCCUAGUAUCGUAUAUCAGUGACUUUGUCUGUCUCGCCCUUGUGUGUCAUGCCUCAUGGCUUCUCAUAAUUCUAAAAAUAUCUCACAUUCAUUGACAUUGUAUAUGACACAUGGUCAUGUUAUAGUAAAAACAUUUUAAGUAUUCCUCAUUGUAUAUCUUUUCAAGAAAUUUCAGUUUUUCAGACAUGCGUAAAAAUAGAGCAAACGCAGAAAACGCCGCUUACCUGCAUGUCAAUUUUCAGUUUUGUUGUGGUUAAAAUAGAAAACUGAAAUCGUCAUUCUUUCGUUGCGAAACAAGCGAGUAUUUAGACAAAGAUGAAAACUCCACAAAACUUUAGCGUCAGAUAAAAUGAUCAUCGGUUUUGCCGAUCAAUCGGUCGAUGGUUGGUAUAUAUGUAUCGGCUCCUCAACAAUCGGUAUCGGUUUUCUUUUAUAUCCGCUGAUAUCUAGUUAAAAUCAAUGUUUACAAUGACUUAAAAAAUUUUCACAUGCAGCUCCAAAAUAUAUCGGCUUGUUCCGUACAUGUCAGUGUCAAAAUAUCUCUUGACUGUCAUCUGCUGCCUCGUAACGCAUACUAAAACGACCAAUUUUUAUUUAUUUUUUAGAUAUGGCACAGGUUGUUUUCUCCUUUACAAUACAGGGGAAGAGGUGCAUAGAAUUUUCUUACUUAUAUUUUACAAUAUAAUUGUGUGUUCUCAAGUGGUUCUUCAUAACUGUACAUGUAUUUGUGGCAUCUUAAAUUUAGUCAAUUACGUCACAUCACGGAUUGCUGACGACUGUUGGGUAUAAGUUUGGUCCAAAGAGCCCGACUGUUUACGCUUUAGAGGUGAGGAUCAGAUUAUCAGUCAUUGAAACCACUCGUACUAGCAGGCCAAGAAAAAAUAGUUUUCUUCCUCGCCGAAAAAUCCGUAAAUAGAAUCUUUACAUAAUAAAGCAAAUGUAAAAAUUCUUGCAUGCUGUAGUAGGUUUCUGAGAACGUGUGGUGCCACAUGAUGGUAAAUACCAAAUUCGACACGUGCAUGACAAUUGCAAAACGGAUUUGAAAUUUUUAAACGACAAGCAAAUGCUAUGGGAUUCCAAUUUAUAAGUUGGUAGAAAUUUCCGCAAGGCGUAAGCAAAUUUAUUUUUGAAAUGUUUAAAAAUAUCCUGACAGCGAUGCUGCUGGCUCUCCCGGACAUUUUCCAGCAUUGCACUCCAGUGGAUACAAGUUACAUCGACAUGCAAGGCCAGAGACCUUAGGUUCGAUUCAGUAUUGGAACAUUCAGACUAGAGAUGCGCAAAUCUGAUCCGAAACCAAUCCGAAUCCGAUCCGAUCGGAUUCGUUUGGAUUUCGGAACCAUAAUAUUCACAUCGGAUUGGAAAAGUAUUUUUGCAGUCGGAUCGGGUCGGACUUCGAAACCUCCAUUAUCCUCCAAUCCAAUAGGAUGUUGUAAACCUCCAAUCCAAUCCGAUGCACACCGCUAAUUCAGGCAAUAAUUCGAAUCCAUUAUACAGCCCCGGCCCCCGUCUGUACUGUACUAAUAGUAAGUACAUCUUGUUGUAUAAGCACAACGUGUGAGGAUAUUUUGUUAUAAAAUUCUGCGAUAAAAUAGAUUUGUUUAUGUACAUGAUAAAAGUUUGACGAAACCUCUAUUAAAAUUCUAUAAUAAAAUGUUUAAAGAUUCAUAUGGCUAGUUGUACUUUAGGGCUCUGUUGCUGUUGCUGGAGAUGCCGUGAAAUGGUUGAGAGAUGGACUGGGACUGAUUGAAAAAUCUUCAGAUAUAGGUAAACCAUACUGUUGUUUCUGGCGUAUUUUACAAUUGUUUUGACUUAACAUGUUCAUAUAAUAAAAACUUGUUUGCAUGGUAUUAAAUCCUAUGACGUGUUAAGGUUUUUUGUACAGUACUAAGGUUUAUAUGGUAAUGUUCAAUAUCGUCAAAAACUUGGUAAUUUCUUGGUAAUUGUUUGGCAUGCCAUUACUCCAUUACUCAUUAGCCAAUUAAUACACGCUUCCGGAAAGUACGUCACCUUGGCUAUAGAGCCUCGUUUCCAUGACUGAGCAUCAAGCUUUGACUAAUGUCAGAUACACGAAAACGAGGCUCAAUAGCCAAAGUGACGUAUUUUCCGGAAGGGUGUAUUCUAAUAAAUCCCUGUAACCAUUCUUAUUCCAUUUUAAUUUCAUUUUUUAAACUAUAUAUUAAAAAUUGUACCAAUGAAACAGAGUUCAGUAUUUAAUGUCUACUUUUUUAGAGGCGUUAGCAUCGUCUGUGCCCAAUAGCGGUGGUGCAUAUUUUGUACCAGCUUUCUCAGGACUUUAUGCUCCGUAUUGGCAAACGGAUGCUAGAGGGUAGGUCCACUGAUCAAUUCUUCACCCCAUUUGAAUCUGAAUGUCACCUUGAUGUGUCCCUUAAUUUUAAUGUGUAAUUUAAAUGGAUGUUAACUUUUUCUGCAGGAUAAUAAUUGGUCUGACUCAGUUCACAAACAAAGCUCAUAUUGCUCGUGCAACUUUGGAAGCAGUCUCAUUUCAAACUCGCGAGGUCAGUUCUGUUUUAUCGUUUUUCUGGCGUACAUGUGUAAAGGAUUAACGAGUAAAUUUGUUUUAAUCAAAAUAGCAUGAAUACCAAACAGAAGAGAUCCAUAUAGCAACCUAGUAUGAUGACACUGGAAAAAAAAGUGAAAUCCAUACUACGAAAUUUGCAAUUGCACCACUAAAUCCAUAGUAUAUCCAUAGUAUUUCCAUACUAUAUCCAUGGUAUGGAAAUAUACAAUUAUUAUGGAUAAUCAAAAUCCAUUCUAUUUCCAAUAAAGGUCCAUACAAUUUCCAUUUUAUGACCUUCUAUGGAUUUUCAAAUUUUUUUCCAGUGUGACUCGUAAGAAUAUACCGUGCUAAACACAAAGAUACUUCAAGGAUUUACGGGUUGGAAUAUAUGGAUAGGAAUAAUAACAGGAUAGGAAUAUAUUUUCUUCUCUAUAGGAAGUAAAACAGUAACAACUAAUGAACUGAAUCAAACGUAGGACAUCUACAGUAAUUAUAGAAUAAUCUUGAAUGGUCUGUGCCAGUGUAGGUAGCGAGGAUAAAAAGACAUGCAGCAGCAGCUGCGGAUUGAGAGAGAUAUACAACUACUGAAAAAGUAGUUAUAUCGCUCUCAGCUGUCUCGUAAUUAUAGUUUUUUCUGGCAGUUUAUUAAAAUGGCAGUUUAUUAAACAGGGUUCGUAGCGGUCUUUGAAAUCCUUGAAAGUCUUUAAAUUGGAAUGCAGGUCUUUGAGGUCUUUGAAAAGUCUUUAAAUUGCGUGAAAAAGCGAAGAAAGUCUUUAAAAGUCUUUAAAUUCUUUAGUGAGGAAUUGAUUAUACGAUUUCCUAGCUAAUAAAAUCGAUUGAUUGAAAUAAGAUUUUCGCAAAUAUCGACGAAAAUGCGCAUUUUAGGAUGUGAUUUGACGGAACUAAUACUGGGUAAAAAUGGUGCUUACACUCGCAAUUUUUCGACAGCUGAUUGCUCUCAAAGGUCUUUGAAAAGUCUUUGAAAAUAGACAGAAAAAAUCUUUGAAAGUCUUUGAAUUUUUUUGGUCUUGGAGACUACGAACCCUGUUAAAAUGCUCAUUACGGUUUGUUGUAUCCUCUUUUAAAUUCUUCAUUAACCAUACUCAACAUUACAAGUACUUUUAACAUAAAAUUGUACUAGCCACGUUGAAUAGAUCGAAUGCGCGGGUUUUAUAACAAUGAAAGUUUUGAAACUUCGCACGUUACUUUUGUUGCAGUUAUUGGAUGCAAUGAAUCAGGAUUCAGGAAUUCCUCUAACAUCACUCAAAGUUGAUGGUGGCAUGACAGCAAACUCAUUACUUAUGCAGAUCCAAGCUGAUUUAUUAGGAAUACCAGUAGGUAGGGUAUAGUUUUUCUCUUAACUAAGGAUGACGUAUUCACCCACUAUAGAGGUGUCAAUCAGUUAUGUAUUGAAGAAACAUUCAAAUAUGACUUAAAACUAUCAAUUAUUAAAAAUACAUGAUCUUGUUGCUAUCUUAGUGCGUCCAUCAAUGACGGAGACAACAGCACUGGGCGCUGCGGUGGCUGCUGGAGCUGCAGAAGGAAUUGCAUUAUGGGAUAUUAAAACUAAGAAAGAAAGUAGCGGUGUUUCAAUAUUUCAACCAAAACUGGAUGAGAGUGGUAAGAAUUUCACUAGUUUAAAAAUGAUUAUUCGUGUUUUUUUCGUGUUUUACUGCACGCAUGACUUGGUAGACAUGCUUGCUUGA